CUGUUGAACAAGCUAUCACUUCAGAGGAGGAGGAAGAUACAUCACCAAAUAUUGUCAUUAUUCAAGGACAAUGGCAUCUGCUUUAAAGCUGCUUUAGGAUACCUGGAAAAAGGCAAUCUGACUUGUUCAGCCUUUAAAUUUCACAAUUUCAAGUAGUUCAGUCCAAUAGUCUAUGAAGGACGAUGGCAUCUGUAUCAGAGCUACUUUAUAAAACUCUAGAUGACCUGGAACAAGGCGAUCUGAAGAGAUUUAGGAGUCUCUUGAAACAAGAUAAGCGCAUUGGAGCUGGAAAACUGCAGAAUGCUGAUGCCACUGACAUAGUGGAUAUGAUGGUGGACAGUUAUGGACCAGAAGAAGCUGUGAAGAUCACCCUGAACAUCCUGAGUAGGAUAAACCAGAACCACCUGGCUGAAGAGUUACAGAACAAGUACACAGAAGUGCAAAAAUCAUUAGAAGCGGCUGAGAAACACACAAGAAAACAAGAUGAUUUCUGGCUGCAAGAAUUCUUGAAAACUCACAAAAUGAACAUGAAGGAGAAAGUAGAACACAUUUUUGAUAAUAAAAAGGAAAAGGAAGUACAUCUCAAGGAUAUUUACACAGAACUCUUUAUUACGCAGGGGGAUAUUAAAGAAGUUAAUAAUGAACAUGAGUUUCAGCAGAUUGAUAAUGCUUUCAAAAUCUGUAAAUCACAGGACAGGCCAAUCAAAUACAAUGAUGUAUUUAGUCUGAACAAAAAUAAGAAGAAAAAGUUUGUACUGACCAAAGGCAUUGCUGGCAUUGGAAAAACCAUUUCAGUGCACAAGUUCAUUUUGGACUGGGCAGAAGGAAAAGCCAAUGAAGAUAUAGAGUGUGUGUUUCUGCUUCCAUUCCGAAAGAUUAACUGCAUUAAAGACAGAGAGAUCUGUCUGCAUCAGUUUCUACAAAGAUUUAAUCCUGAGCUGAAGGACCUGGAAACAACAAGGAUAAAUAAGAUAUAUAGUUGUAAGCUUGCGUUUGUCUUUGAUGGACUGGAUGAGAGUCGACUGACUCUGGAUUUUGACAGUGGAAUGGCGACGAGUGUUAAGGAGCGAUCAUCUGUGGAUGAACUGUUUACAAGUCUGGUGAAUGGGACUCUGCUUCCAUCAGCGCUCGUCUGGGUGACAUCACGACCAGCAGCAGCCAAUCAGAUUCCUCCUGAGUAUGUCGGGUUGUUCACAGAGGUGCGAGGAUUCACUGACCAGCAGAAGGAGGAGUACUUCAGAAAGAGAAUCAAAGAUGAGACUCAGGCCUCCAGAAUCAUCUCACACAUUAAGAAAUCUCGCAGUCUCUACAUCAUGUGCUACAUUCCUGUUUUCUGUUGGAUCACAGCCACUGUUCUUCAGGACAUCCUAAUUGGGAAUAAUGCAGAGACCAUCAACACAACACUCACUGAAAUGUACAUCCACUUCCUUCUGAUACAGAUGAACAUGAAGAGCCAGAAGCAUGACAGAAAAACAGAGAGAGAACGUACUAAGCUCUUAGAUUCCAAUAAAACAAUGAUUUUAAAGUUAGCUAAGCUAGCAUUUGAACAACUAAAGAAGGAAAAUAUAGUGUUCUACGAGGAAGAUCUGAAAGCAUGUGGUAUUAAUUUGAGUGAAGACUUUGAGUCCACGGGAAUGCUUACUGAGAUCUUUCAGCAAGAAGCUGGACUUCAUGAGAUGAAGGUCUUCUGCUUCGUACAUCUGAGUGUCCAAGAGUUCCUCGCUGCAGUGCAUGUCUUCCUCUGCUUCCUGGAUAAGAACAUAGAGGAGCUUCAGUUUUUCUUUGAAGAAACGCAAAACAGAGUCUGGCACAAACGUUUGUUUCUCCGUAAGUCUAAAAGACAUAAAAUACAGAAAAAUAUUCAGAUGCAUGAUUUGCUAAAUAAGGCUGUCAAGAAAGCAAUGCAAAGUCAGAAAGGACAUUUAGACCUCUUUUUGCGGUUUCUGAUGGGCAUUUCACUGGAAUCCAGUCAGAAACUGCUCAAAGGCCUGCUCUCACAUACUGAAGACAGCAAAGACAGCAUUAUAAAAACAACUGAGCACGUAAGAGAAUUAUUACAACAAGACAUCUCACCUGAAACCUCAGUAAACCUGUUUUACUGUUUACUGGAGCUCAAUGACCAUACAUUAUAUAUGCAAAUCCAAAAGAACCUCAGAACACUUGAGAACAUUCUCUCACCUUCCAUGUGUUCACUGCUGGCCUACGUUCUGCUGAUGUCAGAGGAGGUGCUGGAUGAGUUCAACCUAUUUCAGUACAGCUUACAGGGACACCCCAGGAGACUCCUCCCAGCUGUGAGAUGCUGCAGAAAAGCAGUACUCUUAUUUUGUGAUCUCGAUGAGACUUGCUGUGAAACUGUGACUUUGGCACUGCAGAUACCAAACUCACCCAUGAUAGAGCUGGACAUGAGUGGCAAUGACCUGCUGGAUUCAGGAGUGAAGCAUCUCUCUGAUGGACUGAAGAGCCCAAACUGUCAACUGGAGAAACUGAGAUUGUGGUCCUGUAAACUCACUGGUCAGUGCUGUGAGUUUGUGGCAUCAGCUCUGCAAUCAUCAAACUCCCAUCUGACAGAGCUGAUCAUAAGUGAGAAUAAGCUGCAGGAUUCAGGAGUGAAGCUGCUCUCUGAUGGACUGAAGAGCCCAAACUGUCAGCUGGAGAAACUGAGUUUGUCAGACUGUAAACUCACUGGUCAGUGCUGUGAGUUUGUGGCAUCAGCUCUACAAUCAUCAAACUCCCGUCUGAUAGAGCUGAACAUGAGUGAGAAUGAGCUGAAGGACUCAGGAGUGAAGCUGCUCUCUGAUGGACUGAAGAGCCCAAACUGUCAGCUGGAGAAACUGAGAUUGCAUUACUGUAAACUCACUGGUGAGUGCUGUGAGUUUGUGGCAUCAGCUCUACAAUCAUCAAACUCCCAUCUGAUAGAGCUGGACAUGAGUCGCAAUGAACUGCAGGAUUCAGGAGUGAAGCUGCUCUCUGAUGGACUGAAGAGCCCAAACUGUCAACUGCAGAUACUGAGCGUGGCAGACUGUAAACUCACUGGUCAGUGCUGUGAAACUGUGGCAUCAAAUCUACAAUCAUCAAACUUCCAUCUGAUAAAGCUGGACAUGAGUCGCAAUGAGCUCCAGGACUCAGGAGUGAAGCUGCUCUCUGAUGGACUGAAGAGCCCAAACUGUCAGCUGGAGAAACUGAGUUUGUCACACUGUAAACUCACUGGUCAGUGCUGUGAGUUUGUGGCAUCAGUUCUACAAUCAUCAAACUCCCGUCUGAUAGAGCUGAACAUGAGUGAAAAUAAGCUGCAGGACUCAGGAGUGAAGCUGCUGUCUGAUGGACUGAAGAGCCCAAACUGUCAGCUGAAGAUACUAAGUUUGCUAGGCUGUAAACUCACUGGUCAGUGCUGUGAGUUUGUGGCAUCAGUUCUACAAUCAUCAAACUCCCGUCUGAUAGAUUUGAACAUGAGUGAGAAUAAGCUGCAGGACUCAGGAGUGAAGCUGCUCUCUGAUGGACUGAAGAGCCCAAACUGUCAGCUGGAGAUACUGAGAUUAUCUAGUUGUAAGGUGACAGAUACAGGCUUUCAUUAUCUGGCUUCAGCUCUGCAUUCAAACCCUUCACACCUGAGAAAGCUGGAUCUGGGCUUCAUUUACCCAUACACAUCAGGACUCAAGAUGCUCGAUGAUCUACGGAACAAUCCAAACUGUGCACUGAACGGACUCUAGUCAGAUUUUGUCGAACAAGAUUCAUCUCAUCCUGUGAAUGUUUGUAUAUAUAUUUCAGUCUAAGCAUCUACAUACUGUUGUAGCAUCAGAACGAGUCAGACAAAACUAAGAUUCAAUCAGAACAUCGAAACAUGAGGAGCUGAAAUUCCAGGAGAACAGGACAAUGUCGUAAAGAUUCCUAUCUCCGACUUCUGGAGCAAGCCUAACCAACAAGCCUCUUUCACAGAACAGCUUGCAACAUUAAGACAAAAGAAUACUCAUUGACAAGUACAAUGCCGGAAGGAGAUCGUCAAAUUUGGGACAAGUAAUCAAGAUUAAUGGUCAAAGAGAUGGCCAUCACAUGUGUUCCACAAGAGAAAUCACGAGCUUCUUUAGAUUGACUUUUCCCCCACACAUACAAGACAAAGACUGAGACUGAAAUUCCUUUGUCCAAAGAACAUGUCUUUUGGUCUCCACAGAAAUACACAGAGACUUUCUUUUGCAUAUGCACAUAAAACCAUCCUAAAAGGACAUUGCUAGGCAUAACACUAUAUUAUGUAUGUAACCCACACAUUAGAUUAUCAUGUUUUAAGCACAUAUUAUGUAUGUCUUUUAAAUAACUAUUGAAUGACUUUAAGGUUUAUUUGUGUUUGGUAUGUAUGAGCUUGACAAUUCUAGCUUGAAACGUUUCUUCCAAUUGAUUCUUUGUCAAAUGUAUCAUAUUCUGGUUAUAGAAAUCACAUCCAAAAGUGUACUUUGCCAGAGUGUGUAAAAUUCGGACCAUGUGACUGAUAACAUGCUGAUUUAUGAUGGAA